UAUAUAUAUAUAUAUAUAUAUACACACAUCCAUACAUAUCUCGUACUCCACGCCGGCUCCCUCACAGGCUUUCUCCGCCAGAAUACGAUGGACCUGGACCCCCGCUUUCGAGAAGCCACGCCGAUAGAGCGCACACACCCCCCGCCGGCGGGCACCGUGGAGCCUCGGACGCCCUCUCGGUCGCUGGCAGCCGAGGGUGCCGGAGGUCGGCGCAGCCUCACCCCCUCGAAGACCAUGUCUCUGCGCGGCCGGUCCCCGCUGGCCGGGGACGAUGCCUUCUCCGACGCCCGGCGGAGCCAGAUGGCCGAAAAGAGUCGCGAGCGCAUCCGUCAGGUCCGUGCGGCUCUCUUCCGACGGAAUCGGGAUCACUUGCCGCCAGCACCACCGGUUCCGGCCUCGGAUCCCCCGGGAUCGGACCUGCAAAUCCGCGGGGACGACCUCCUCCGGAGCUUCUCCAUCUCCGACGACUGUGAAGAGGGCUCUCAGGAGGAGCACCAUCGGGCCGGCCCAGUCAUCGGGUUAGAUCUCGUCGAGGACGAGGAUUUCACCAACCUCUCGGUGGAGGAACUCCUGGCGCUGGAGGAGCAGAUUGCUCAGGAGUUGGAGGAGAUCCUGCAGGCGGACUUCCUCGCGCAGGAGGAGGCAGCGGCCGCCGCCGCCUUGGAUGACCAAGAGUUUUUGACCUUCAUCGACGAGCUGGACUUUUCGGAUGCCCCGGCCUCGACGCCCAACACGCAUUCGGCCGGCUCGGGCCCGGGCAUGUUCACCUCCCUGCUGCGGCCGUGCUUUGUUUGCUGUGGCAGCCUCUUCGCCGGUGCAGGGGGACGCCUGGUGCCCGAGGUGUUCCAGAACCCAGCUGCCAGCACGACGGGCCUGCUCCCCAAUGGUCGCGGACUCCAGUGCUCCCGGUGCCACUUGCGGGUGGUAUUUCAGAAUGGAGCCUCGGCCUCCAACCUCGACGAGGUUUACCUGCAUGUGGAAUCCCUGCUCCUGGACCACCACCGAGGCUGUCCCCAUAUGGCGGUGUCCUUCGCCUUCUGCCCGGACACUUGCGCCCUGCGGGUCGAGUGCCGCACCUGCCGCCAGCAGGACCGGGUCCUUUAGUCGGCAUCUCCUCCCGGUCCCUGUGGGCUUUGCUCCUUCUUUUUUUCUUCCCCCCCCCCCUCCUUGCCCUCGGCCUCGCCAGCUUGCCACACGGCGGUGGCGCGCCCUGCACCCCCGGAGAAGCGCCCCCCCC